GAACCGCCUUAAAGAUCUGUGAAAACGGUUGAUGAUCGUGAAGCCGGUGCAAAGUGCAACUCUCGCCAGGAUUAGAGAGCAACGCAGCAUCCUGUUACGUGUGAAUGAAUGCCGUGUAAACGUGAAACAGCACUAAAAAUCGGUGUGAACUGUGAAACUGUGCAGUCCGUAGAUGUGAAUCGUACCUUUGGGAAUAGGAAUAACGAGUAGUGCCUGCAACGAAACCGCGUACUAGUGCCUGCAACGAAAGUAGCUCCUGGUCAAGUGCAAAAGACACAAAAUGCCGACGUCAAUCAUGCAGAAAAACUACAGCCACUGUCCGCUGAAGAAGCGUCCCGUGUUCAUGAUGAAAGACGCAGAGCUUGCACUGAAAAAUGAUUCAGAAAGUGAGAUGGAACCGGAGAACCUGAGCACCAAGCCGCAGGAUCUUUCGAUGAAAUCGAAAAAGAAGGCUCGCUCCGUUUCGCCCGCUUCACCGGUCUCGGUCGUGAUGAUCAAGACGGAAGACAGUUUACCAACUCCACCGCCUUCAUCGUCACCGAGCCCAAGUGAAACUACGAAAUCACCGAUCUCCAUCCCGACACCGACUUAUGGCACGUUGCCAUCGAUCUACUAUCCUACAGCUCGAUCGCCACUAUCACCGGCAUCCUCCAACAAUGGAACCGUGACAGCUGCCGCGGCUGCUGCCGGUAGCAUGCAGGAUGUGCUAUACAAAUCCUUCUCCUCAGUGUAUCCUGCCGCGGUGGCUGGAUAUCCCGGCUUCCCCUACACAAUGCCCUAUCCGGCCGAUUUCUACAGCGCGGCCGCCUACCACCAUCAUCAUAGCCGUCAACAGUCCUUCCAUCAUCAGCAUCAGCAGCAGCAAUCCCAAGAACAACCGCAACAGCCGCACCUUAGCCAGAUCUCGCCCCCUCGUUCGGAGCCGCUGUCGCCGUACAGUGCCGGCCAGCGCGAUCGUAGCCCCUCGGCAUCACCCACGACACAUCUCUUCCGGCCGGAACGUCGAUCGCUGUCGCCGCCACCCUCGAUGGUUGUUCCUUCGUAUCCAGCCGAGCUGCGUUUUACGCAGAACAACAGCAACAUCAUCAAAUCGGAGCCAUUCGCUCGCUCCCAGCAUCGCUAUAUGCCGUAUGCUCUAGGACCGCAUCAUCCACACCAGCACCCGCAUCACCAGCCGCAUCUGCAUCAUCAUCAUCAUCAUGCGCAGCAUCCCCAUCUGAUGAUGGCUUCAUCGCACCACAACAUUGACCAUCCCUCACUCUCGCCGACUUCGAGCCAUACCUCCUUCAACUCGUACCUCUCGUCGUCCCGCGGCCGGUCGCUGUCACCAGCUUCUGCCAGCCCCGGAUCCGUCUCGCUAUCGGAGGAAAACAACAACAGUCUGACCGCAACGAAUGGCAACAAUGUGCUGACGGAGAAGUCCACCUCGAGUUCCAACAUCCAGGAGCAUAAGGAAGCCGGCGAUAAGUCGUCUGCUACGGGCGAGAAGGGAUCGUCCACCGGUGGGGCGGCUCCACGUUACCAGUGCCCGGAUUGUGGCAAAAGCUAUUCCACUUAUUCGGGGCUGUCGAAGCAUCAGCAGUUUCAUUGCCCGGCUGCUGAAGGUAAUCAAGCGCAGAAAACGUUCGUGUGCAAGGAGUGUGACAAACCGUACAAGACGCUGGGUGCUCUCAAGAUGCACAUCCGGACGCAUACCCUGCCGUGCAAGUGCAAUCUCUGUGAUAAGGCGUUCUCGCGGCCCUGGUUGCUACAGGGACACAUCCGAACGCACACCGGCGAGAAGCCUUUCGUGUGCAAACUGUGCCAGCGUGCAUUUGCUGAUCGCUCGAACCUGCGGGCUCACCAGCAGACGCAUGAGGACGUCAAGCGAUUCAAGUGCCCGACGUGCACCAAAUCCUUUUCUCGGCUUCCCCUACUUACCAAGCACGCCGAAACCGGGUGUCCAGGUGGCAGUGGUGCGGGUUCACCUGUCCCCUCGCAUCCCGAUAGCCCGGGAUCGAUCGAUGGUGGACGGUGCCAUUCGCCGGAUCCCUCGUGCCAGGAUGAGAGUAAGUUCAUACCGACCGUAUUGCCACAUGCCACCAACAGUGGCAACAACAGCGCCAACAUCGCCAACAUCGCCGUUUACUAAGCGCAGCCUUAGAGCCAUCCUGUGCCUUCAACUCAAGUGUAUGUGCCCAUUGAAACCAAAAACUCUAGAAAGUGAGAGAACCUGUGUGCAGCUCAAAGACUGAUGUAAAGUGUGUAAAGUGAUUCGGCUCUACCGUACUUCGUGAGUUGAGAUCAAUUACCAAAUCGAGUUUCCGUGGAACAAUCUAGCAAGUACCAGAAGCCCUAGGAUAUAGAGAUUUUACGCAUCUUACUUUUCAUAUUCCUAAAAACCCACUCGCCAAUCACGCUACUGAAUGUGUCCAGCAGUACUUUUGUUAAGUCCGUGUCUGAGAGAGUCCCGUCAUUCUUUUGCGUCUGCGGCCUCAUCCCAACCCUUUAGUCAACAGCUACUCCUCUCCGCCGCGGAAGGGGCAUGCGAAAGGGUUUGCGUUGAUGGUGGCCCGCCAGCAUGGGGACGUAUACUUUGCAGUUGUUUUCUACUAUGGUAAGGAAUAUUUAUUGAACAAAAAAGCAAAACACAGCCGAAAAGACACAACACAACUGUUCCAAGCUAGUCAGUGACUUUAGUGUUUAGAUUUAUUUUAUUUUAUUAUCCGCCAUUCAUUUCCAAUUUAGCCACAUGAGACAUCUGCAUUUAGUUUCGAGUUUGUUUUGUUUAUUUAAACGCCUAUGCUUUGGAGAAAAGGCUCAGAUCUCAAUUUUCUCGGUAGCCACAUCACAGACAAUCUAUUCUAUGUGUCUAGAUGAUACAACCGGGUGCCUUUCGCAUGUUCAGGAUUCGAAGAGGAUUCCAAAAACCGUCUGAGGAGAACAGACUCUACCAAAUGAAAGAGGAACGCCAAGCAACUGCCAGAGUUGCACUUGAACUGCACAAUUUUGCACCAGGUACAGAGAGCAUAGAAAUGACAUACGGUAAUAGGUAGGAGUCGAAGUAGUGUAAGGCUAAGCAUAGGAUAAGCAUAGGGAAGCUAAGGAAAGCUCAUUACCACGCCUAUACAAGGACCGGCAUUCGGUUUCAAAACACUCUCAAUAUAGUACGUUUCCAAAUUAUCUUAGUGCUAGUUUUUAACGAGCUGUAGUAAGUAAGAAACCGAAGUUGUUUGUAAUACUUUGUUCAGUGAAUUGCAGGGCAGCUGCGCAGU